UCCUCCUUCAAGAUGACAACAAAAUACUGCAAAGCUUUUUUUGCACAGAAAUAUAAAUACAUUAAGAUAAGUUAGAUUUUUAUAGCUGCGUUUGAUGGCUGACGAAGGCUGAAAACCUUUUUAUAUCAUCCUCAUUAUCACAAAUACCGAAAUACCAAGAAACAAGGUCAUAAAUUCUAAACUUUCACUUUCAGGAGCUGUCCUCCAUAGAAAGACAGUGUACGGAACUAGUUGUAGUCCAGUUAGUUACCAAAGACUAUAAUACCCAUAUCGCAACAUACUUAGUACGCACGCGCGUCCAAUGCGGAACUUCAGACGAUUGGAGGAUGUGCAAGCAGGUCCUAACUAAAAGGGCUGUAAGGAUGACCUAUAGUUGUAAACAGUGAAGGUGUACGGUAAGAAAUUGUAACUUUGAGGAGCAUUAAUUUUAUUAGGACAAAAAUGAAGAGCUGCCAUGUGUUCUAUCUUAUCUACACCUUGUCUCUCCUCUUGGGUCUAAUUUGUAUUAUAAUUGUGACUACUUGGAGUAAGGUCUACAGAGGAGGCUUUGCCUGGGAUGGCUCGGCGAAGAUGUUUAAUUGGCAUCCUGUCUGCAUGGUGACUGGGCUUGUUGUCCUUUAUGGGAAUGCCAUUCUUGUAUACAGAUUGCCCUUCACCCAGUCGAGGAGCAAGUUGCUCGUAAAGCUAGUUCAUGCUACAUUGAACCUUGGUGCAUUUUCUCUUGCCAUUAUUGGGUUGGUGGCAGCAUUUGGGUUCCACAAUAAGAUGCACAUCCCCAACUUGUAUUCCAUACACAGCUGGGUGGGAUUUGCAGCCAUUAUUCUCUUUGGCUUUCAGUGGCUGCUGGGAUUCCUGGCCUUCUUACUGCCCUGCACACCCCUCUGGCUUCGAGCUGCUUACAAAGAUCUGCAUGCCUUCUUUGGACUCUGCAUCUUAGUAAUGGCCAUUGCUGCUUCUCUGUCCGGAAUUAAUGAAAAGUUAAUAUUUGUGCUUAAUGCUCCAAAUUCAACUAGUUCCUACAAGAAUCUGCCACCUGAAGCAUGUCUGGCCAAUGUUUUGGGAGUGAUUCUGUUGUGUUUCUCCAUGACUGUUGCCUGGAUGCUCCUUAAGCGUGAUUGGCAGCGUCCAAAUGCACGUGAAUCUGUACUUGGUGAUGCCACAGAGCCACUUCUGACUGAAGACUAAAUGAUGAAUAGCUGAAGCUUUUCGGAUGCAGUUGGAGAAGCAGUUGAGAUUUGUAUAGUGUUGCUGUUAUGCUGCAUGGAAUUGACUCCUCAACUAUGGUCUUUCCCUAGAGCAAUGAUUUGAAGGAACUUUAGUAUUAGUUUGUGAAGUCUAAAAGUAGACAGGAUCUAAAUUGAAUAAGAGGGUGGAAUAGACCUUCUCCUGUAUCUGCUUUACACUUCUGAUUUUAGCCAGUCUGUUCCAAGGAAGGACUGUAAGUAGACCACUUAAAUUAAACGUUGUAUAAUACUACUUUCAUUUGAAGCCAGAAACUCCAUUAGCAUGAUUAAUGCAAUUAGGAAACUGUUGACCCAUUUUUAAUAUUGGGGGAAGAGGGAGAAAGAGUUAUAGGCUUAAAAUGUUGACCUGUUGUCAUUUGAAACCUUUCUGUUGUUUUCCAAAUUUGAGACUAUUUUGUUUUUUUACUUUUGUGGAACACUUGCUUGCACUUACUCCAGAGUAACCCCUCUUAAGGAAAAGAACUGAUCAUGUAGAAUCUAACUUGUGGAAAGAACUGCAUUUUGUCACAUGCUAGGACACAUGUAACCUUUUUGGCUUUUAAAUUUUUGCACCACAAAGCUGAGCAUUUUACUUUCAUUUUGAGAUUAGGCUUGAAUCCAGCUUCAAUUAUUGGAGGCUUCUCAUGAUGCUUAUGUCUUUUGAUUUGAAAUUUGAGGAAUCUCAUAUGUCCAAAACUGGCAUAUGAUUACAGUUCAAAAAAAGUUUGCACAAGAUUGGUACUUGAGACUUAAUGAUGAAUGAUAUUCUGCCAGAAUUUAAGUUUUUACUCCUUCCAGCAAAAGCUUUCUUGUAUAUUUGCACUUUUUCAGAUUUAUUUUCUUGUUUGUUGAUCGUUGGCCUGUUCUUUUUUAAAAAUGUACUCUUUCUGAAGUGUAGAAUCUUUUGUGAGAAGGAAAAAGAAAAUUGAUAAAUUUAUUUGCUGUUUUUUAAAUGUAAUCACCUAAGAUUCUAAGAUGAAAAAUUCUUAAAUGUAUUUAACACUUGUAGAUACUGUCAACCUUUAAAUAUAUGACUUGGAUUUGGUUGAUUUUUUUUUGCUCGCCUGAAGUGUAAUUUUUAAGUGGACUAGGACACUACAAUUCAGCUAGUUUAAAGGUUACCAGUUCCAAAUUUAGAAGUACAAUUGUACUGUUUUGAAUAUUCAGCAUUUCAAAUUGUAAUUUCAUUUUCCAUUCUGGGAAAGGGAAUUUGUGCAGAUAUUUAAAUUGGCUUAAAUUGAAACUGCAGGGGCUAAUCCAUAUUGCUAUUGUUUCCUCUGAAGAAAAUUGGUCUUGCAUCCUGACUCUGCAGGACUUUUUUUUUUGAAAAAAAAGUUUUAUUACCAGUUAAAUGAUUGUGUGCAUAUUAUACAGCAGUCAAUCAAGUCCAACAAUAACUCUGAAGUCAGAACUCUUUUUAUCUAAGCUAUGUGGAUAACAGGAAAACUAUUGACCAGUACAUCAUAGGAAAAUCCCUGGUUUUAAAAAUACUGCUAGGGUGUCUUACAGACAUGAUUUCAGUUAAAUAUGCCUUCUGUAAGACUGCACCUCAUAAUGGGUGCAGAAUUGAGGAAGAUAAAAGUCACCAAGGAGCAAAGCUCAACUCAUUAGCUGCUUCUACAGAGAUUAAUUAGUAAUGCUGUCCAGUAAUAGCAUGAACAUCAACUUAAUUGAAGAGGUAAUGAGAAAGUUAAUAGCCUUAAAUGUUGUCCUUUUAAAAAAUUUAAACUAAAAUGUAAUUUUGAAUUAUAGAACACAUUUGCUGCACACUAAAAAUAGUAUGGCAAGAGAAGAUAAGAAUCUGUAUAAACCAACGCCAAGUGAUAACAUUCACAGCUAAUUAAUUUCACAACGUUUAACUCUGACCUUGGAACAAAACUCUGUCAAACUAAAUUCUUUCCUGAAUUAUUGUCCUUCGCUAUUAUCUGUCUAGUUCAGAACAUGCAGUGCUUUCAUUAACUUUUGUGUUUGUGACAGUAAUGCCUUUGUAAGCCUGUGUAUAAAAAUAGUCUGUUUUUGAUAGCUACUCUGUCGUACUGGCUAGGGCUCUUGAAAGAAGUGAUUUCCUACUCUGGGGUUUAAUAGAAUCCAAUUAGCUUGAUUUAUAGGUAUCCGUGUUAUGUUGUAACAGUGAUGCUAUUAGUAAAUGAAGGGAAUGAUUUAAAAUUGAACUAAUCUGUCUGUAAGACUUGGUUUUUUUU